AUGGACCCCGUCCGUACUUCCAUACCACGACGCCCCCCAUCAUCCCCUGCAUCUAUAAGUAUCACGGCCUCGGUUGUGGAUCGAAACGCGUCCGCCAUGAAUUGCGCUGUUGGCACCCACCUCCGCCGCAAGUCAAGUCGCAUUGAGAAGUGGCUUGAUGAACAGCAUCGCAUGUCGGGCGACGAGAAGAGCGUCCAUAUCCCCGCUAACGAGCAGAGUGUCCCAUCCGGGGACGCGAAACGUAGUCCGUGUCUCGCCUAUCCUCGCCUGCCGCCUGCCUCGUUGCGCAAGGACCACGACGACCAGUCGACCCUGAACAGUUACGUUCUCAUUGACGACGCCCAGCGCGUGUCCCAGGACGCCCCACAGGGUCCUCCUUCCGAUGCUACACCUCACGCCUCACCUCCCUCCACGCCCCGCAAGACCUCACCGUUCCGAUCCGCUCAGGGCGUGUUCCAAUCUUCGUCUCCACUGCGCGGAUUCCACCUGUCUUUUGGUUCUCGACGCCCCUCAACCUCUUCAAAUACAACCAGGUCGCAGACCCCCAUUUCCCAAGCGACAUCUCCGCCUCCGCACAAUGAUCCUCCAGGAGGUCAUAGUCGGAGCUCCAGUCUAGCUACCAUGUACACAAAGCCUGACCGCACAGCUAGCCCUAGUUUGGCAACUUCCCGUCAAAGGUCGCUGUCUUCAUGGAAGCUAAGGCGCCCCAGUACCACUGAACAGCGACAGCCUACCCUCUUAUCUUCGGAUGCCUACACGUUGGCCCCGCCUCGUCCCAGUAUGUCUUCAUCCAUCACGCAUUCAUCCAGUGCGUCCAUCCCUCCGUCCUCAAUCGACACCCCGAGCGGUUCGCGCAAGACCCACUUUGGCCAGGCCCGUCCUCAGUCGCCAGCACUUUUCUCUGCAUCGUCGCCGUCACUGUGGUCACUGCCAACAAACGCGUCGCACAUGUACGAUCCCCCGGAUUCGACUAAGGUCAUUGCUCGCGACAAGGCCGUGCGGAUCCCUUUGUCGCUCAAGAUGCCUGCCGGAAAUGGCGCGGGUCUUUCGAGUGCGCUGGCUGCACCCAGAGCGAGGAAGAAGCGGAAAUUGGUUGUCAGCGGUAUCCGUCCUGAGGACGACUAUCGCUUCGAGGCUAUCAAGAAGUGGUGCGAGUCAUUUGGCGAGUUGGCCUCUAUCUCUCGAGUCGCAAGUGGCGACAUUCACGUAGACUUCCGUAAGGCGGAAGUAGCCGAGACGGUGUGCCGACUGCAGGCAAGGGUGCACAUCAUAGGUGUCGGCAGCGUGCGUUUAUCCUACUUCACAGGCAAGAAGCCUUGA